AUGGCGCCCAAGGCAGAGAAGAAACCGGCAGAGAGAGCGCCGGCGGAGAAAGCCCCGAAGGUGGAGAAGAAGAUCACGAAGGAAGGAGGGAGCGAGAAGAAGAAGAAGAAGACGAAGAAGAGCACGGAGACGUACAAGAUCUACAUCUUCAAGGUGUUGAAACAGGUCCAUCCAGAUAUCGGCAUCUCCGGGAAAGCGAUGGGGAUCAUGAACAGUUUCAUCAACGACAUCUUCGAGAAACUCGCUCAGGAAUCGUCGCGUCUCGCUAGGUACAAUAAGAAACCGACCAUCACCUCCCGUGAAAUCCAAACCGCCGUGCGUCUCGUCUUGCCCGGUGAAUUGGCUAAGCACGCCGUCUCCGAAGGAACCAAAGCCGUCACCAAAUUUACCAGCUCUUGA